GUCACCAACAGAUCCUUGUCCUUACCUUAGUUUUUUUUUUUUCUUGUUCCAGAAAUGUAAUUUCUUUAUUACCUGAUCGGCAUCGUAGAUGACUUCAAAAUACACAAAAUUUGUUUUAUUUUUAUAGUACAUUUGUCACGAGAUAACUCCGCUCAGUGAUGGGCAACAAAAAGAACAGGCGAUUAUCAUAUGUGAUAUCAUCGUCAGCUCGCCUGUCCGCCCCUCGUCUUCCUCAUCGCCUUUCUUCAGUUCCCAUUAUUACCGAAUGUGAUGCCAACAAUAACAAACAAGAAAAAGAAAACGGCAGACGUAAAUCUAGUACUGGCAGCCUGACAUACGGUUCGGGUGGUAGCUGCUGGACGAUCGGUAACAGAUCCAACGGCUACAAGAAGAAACCGCGUGCAAACUUGGGUGUCAAAACCCCUGCUGGCUGCAACUCGAACAUCUGGAGCCAGUUAAUUGAACAGACUCGAGCUCUGGAUUAUGAUGUUUUAGGCUCGAGAUUUUCCUCCAAAGAAGACUCAAAGAAAAUUAAUUUAGGUGCUCGUAAGAACAUCAACUGUAGAGACGUUGGUGAAGACGAUCCGGUGAUCAACAUGGCCAAUUUGAAUAGUUCAAAUGUGAACUCGAGUGUGUGUGAUACAGACUCCCCUGUAAUGGUGGUCGUAGACGAAUCUUUACAUGGCAAAUUAAUUUACAAGAGCGGCGAGUCAGUUCCAAUAUAUCAUAUUAAGGAAAACCUGUACACAACUGCAUCUGGUAAAGUGUACUGCAUAGACGAUGGGGUGAUGUAUUUUGUUGGCGUAGGACCUCCUCCAACUUUUGUCGGUGCUGAUGGUUCGGCGGUUGAAACUGCCGUUGACGGUCAGAACGCUGCUGCUGUUCCUAGCGGCAAGUCCAGAAGCCGAAAGCAAAAAUAUAACAGAAAACCAUCAAACGGAUCUACCCAGAACAGCGAUCCUCUAAGACCCGUUGUUAAUGGUGUCCCUCGACACAUCAAUCCCGUUCCAAACUCUAACCAAACAAAACCAAAAUUUCCUGGAAAGCUGAAACCUGGAUCCGGCAAAUCUUCGAGACGCUCAUCCUCUGCCGCGUCGCGUCUGUCUGGUGUUGAUCACUCAAGAAAUACGCAGCCUGGUCGCGUUAAAGAUGCUAACGCACCGCGGCAAAGCUACUUGUGCGGGCGAAGCAACGUCAGCCAGCAGAACGGCGCUGGUAGCAAGGUUACCACCCUACCGCAGCCGGCGCUCUCUAUUGAGAAUAUUACAGCCAACGCUGCUACCGUCAGUAAAGGCGCUACACAAAACUGGCGCAAGUUGUCUGGAAGUGUUGAGACCAAAGGACUGGCUCGGCGACGAAGCACGAACGUAAGCAGCGUGGUCAAGGAGGUGGACCGCAUCCAGCGCAACAGAGAAGAGCGUCGCCUCAAGCAAGCCUUACAGAAAGAGGAGAAGGAAGCUCUCAUGAACAUCGAUCCUAAUAAUCCUAAUUGGGAGUUCCAGAGUAUGAUCAGGGAGUUUAGACAAACGUUAGAGUUCAGGACCCUGAGGGACGGCGAUGCCCUCGAGGAGCACCAGAUCACAGUCGCCGUCAGAAAGCGGCCUCUCAAUAAGAAAGAAAUCACGAAGAAGGAGGUGGACGUCGUGACCAUCCCAAAGAAGGACACACUCGUCGUUCACGAGCCUCGCACCAAAGUUGAUCUCACCAAAUAUCUCGAUAACCAAAACUUCCGAUUCGAUUAUGCAUUCGACGACACUUGCUCUAAUGAACUAGUUUACAAAUACACGGCGCGACCGCUGGUGUGUACAAUAUUCGAGGGCGGCAUGGCGACGUGCUUUGCGUACGGUCAGACAGGCAGCGGGAAGACGCACACGAUGGGCGGCGAGUUCCUAGGCAAAAGUCAGGACGUCUCGAAGGGCAUAUAUGCCAUGGCUGCUCGUGAUGUCUUCUCCUACCUCACCAGCAAAAAAUUCGGUCACCUCAAUUUGCAAGUGUCGGCGAGCUUUUUCGAAAUCUAUAGUGGCAAGGUAUUUGACCUGUUGAACGGAAAGAACAAGUUACGGGUGCUGGAGGAUGGCAAGCAGGUGGUGCAAGUGGUGGGGCUGGUGGAACGCGUGUGUCAGAGUCCUGCCGAUGUGCUGCAGCUCAUUCAAGUCGGGUCAUCUGCGCGGACCUCGGGGCAAACAGCUGCCAAUAACCAGUCGUCGCGGUCACACGCUGUGUUCCAGAUCAUCCUGCGGAACACAGACCGUGUAGACAGAGCUGCGGGGGUGCAGAACUAUCGACUACACGGCAAAUUUUCUCUUAUUGAUUUGGCUGGCAAUGAACGAGGCGCCGAUACUAGCAGCGCCAAUCGCCAGACCCGCAUGGAGAGUGCGGAGAUUAACAAGUCCCUGCUAGCGCUCAAGGAAUGCAUCCGUGCCCUGGGCAAGCGAGGUGCUCAUCUGCCUUUCCGAGCAUCAAAACUUACGCAAGUUUUGCGUGACUCCUUCAUUGGAGAAAAAAGCAAGACUUGUAUGAUUGCCAUGAUCUCUCCAGGACUGAGUUCUUGUGAGCACACGCUCAACACGCUCAGGUACGCUGAUCGUGUGAAGGAGCUUGGCACCGGUGACGCUGGCGAGGACGGAGUGCCCAAGGCAUCUGUCGACGACUACGAUCCCGAGGCGAACGGCAGCGCUCUUGCUGAUUAUUCCCGCCUGGCCUCCUUCAAUGAAGGAGAGAUGAGCGCAGAGCAGCAGGUGUUCCAGGUGGCUAUGAGCGCCGUACAAGAAGCCGAGGAGGAGGUCGUAGAAUUACACGGGCAAUAUUUUGCCCACCGCGACAACAUGGACAAGAUGCUCAUCCCGCUCUAUCAAAUGACCAACGAAAUUGACUACGAUGUUGACGCUUAUGCCCAGCAACUUGAGGGAGUAGUCAAUGAGAAUACUGAGUGGUGGCAACAACUGAAGGAACGAGUGGCCAAUUUACGACGACAACUCGAAGAGGAAGAAAAAAUUCACAAUCAGCACGUUCCUAAGCACAAGGGGACAAACCACUAAGUCCAGGACCGAGCUUGGCCAAUCUUCCAGUACCAAUCCGAUAGUUCCGUAUUAUGUUCGCUUUGUGUUGAUCCAUUGACUGCAGUGGCCUAAGUGCUCUAUGUACCAUGUGAACGCUGCGCAAGUUCUCAUCAGAUUAAUAAUCAAUCUCACGUAGUGCCUCUGAUGUGAUAGUCUGAUUCAAGUUGUCUUGUAAUCGAAGCGAUGGCCUGUGAUACUUUCGCUCAUAGUUAACGCUUGAACCUGAAGUGAUUUUAUUUUCAGUCUAAUGAGCGGCCUCAUUUUGUUGUGUAAACGCACUAACCACACGGAUAGUUACAAAAAUCCUUUGAAUUGUCAUGCUGCCCUCAAGGAAAACUUCCUGCUCAGCUUAUCAAACCAAAUGUCAUCAAAAUCUCUCAAUUUCUGGUAUUUUGAGUUUGAACUUCUCCAAAUGAUUUUAAUAGUAAGCUUAAGGGCUAUUAUCUUUGUAAUUAUUAUUGAUAUAACUCAUAUUAGACUGGUGUGCGUUUCACGCCUUCUCAAGUCAAUAACUAAUGCUCAUAUAUGCGCGUGCACAACUUAAAUCUUGUCUUAAAUACUCGCUGUAGUUACUUAACCUUGACUGUUCUCGAUGCAGUGUCAAUAAUGAAAGCCGUCAUUGUCAAUAUUGUUUCAUACAAACUUACUGUUUGCUAAUUCUUCCUCAUUGAUUAUUAGUUUCCUUGGCUUCCCUUAAUUCCUUGACAGAGUUGAUUUAGAAUGGAGCUCUGAAGUCAGAAGUGAGCAAAAUGACUUCACGACAAAAUUUGUCUCGAUAAAUUGAUUUAGCGUCUCUAAAUUUGUAUCAUUUAUAUACUUCUUGCCGCGCAUCUUACUAAACAAGCGCAUUCUAAUUUUAUUAACCCAAAGCCAUAUCAUCGUCUGGUGGCGAAGUAGCCGUGUUUUAAUUGAAAUGAUGGCUAGCUUUUAUUUAUUGUUAUCCCAUCAUCUGUCGGUUCUUUAGAUGCAUGAACUGCUGUAGAUUACUUGAUCGUCGCAUUUACCUGCUUCUUUAUGGUUGCUGCAUCAUGUCUUGGAUAGUUAGGUAUUGUACAUGUCAUUAUCUUAUUCUGACUACGACUCAGCAGCAUAUUUCUUUCGCAGAUGAAGUUAUUCAGUCGCUCGAAGCCAUCUCAUGUAAAUAUUAACCUAAUUUCGGCAGUUGUUAACUGUGCUAAUGAUUAUUGAAGCUCUCGUCAUCCUUAUCUCCUAAAAUUGUCUACGGUCUUAGCUUCUGGAAAUUUUUUUGCAACACGUGUAAUUUCUGUUUAGAUGUGUUGUAAUUUUCCCAUAGGAAUGUGUUAUUUGUAGGCGAGCUGCUCCUGAACGCUAGUCCGUUUUUUCCAGCUGAACUGCAACAUGGCAACGUUCUCAAAGUGUUCGGUUGACGGUUCAUCUUAAAAGUCUCGAUGGAGAUCGGGAGCACGGGCUGCUCGAUGUCGAUUAAUAACUGGUAAUAUCGCUUAUAUUAGAUGUUACUCAGUUCACGUAACUCGGAUUUAGCAAGCUGCAAGGAAUUUUAAAAAUUUGUUCAUGUGCUGAGGUUUACCGACUCUCGGCCUGAUCUACUUCCUCAUGAAGUUUUUUCUUAGUACGUCGACCUGCCCAACUUGCCCAGCCUUUAGCUCUACCACUAACCUUAGCCUCAUGUAGAUUAAGAUGAACAUUAAUUGUGAUAUUUAUUGUAUAAAGAAGUUACGUUGCUUCAUGUACCGACAAUGUAUUGUAAGCGAUUGCAAGGCUUUCUUCAACGACCACCGCAUUACUUCACAAAUACGACCUCAGCUGCCGUCGUCUUGCGGUAUUUUGUUAAUCCAUGUAAUCAAUGACUAGUCUCGUAUACCCUUCGCAGUUAAAAGUUGGACAAAAUAAAGAAAGUCGUUACCCCAUCCUUAGUAGCGCAGUUUGUUUUCUGUUUUGGUAUCUUAAUUUUUUAUUGCUUCAGAUCAUUCCGAUGUCAAUUCCACCUGUGAAACAAAAUCGAGUAACGAUUUGACUUGCAUUUGCAGUUCCUGAAAUAAGCGUUUCUUCAAUUGUAUUCUAAUUGGAUGAUUGACUUGAUGAUGUUUUCACGCAUUUCCUCUCUAAAUUCUUUCAUUUCAUCGAAUUCGUUGUUAACACUUUUGCUAAUGAAGCUUCCCGCUCUUGCUUUCUCAUACCUGAGACGGUAGCAUGAAAUCGUCAAAUUUCUGCUGCCCACAGAGAACUAAUUUAUAUUUUUUUGAUAGUGUCAUAUUAAGGUUGUUCUUAUUUAGUUUUGAAAGUGUCAAAUCGAAAACUAUAUUCCCAGUUAAUUCCUUAUAAAAUGACAUAUUUCAUUCAGUAGUGGAACGAAUUUAUGCAACGUUUGCCAUUUCUCUCUUGUGUGGAUCAAUAUAGACUAUAUAGGCCGCUUGUUGAAUCCUCAGACGAAGUGUUUUUAUUUUAUUGCGCAGAGAAAUCAGGAGCAUAUAUUAUUAUGACUUUCUGUAUUAUUCCAGUGAAAGCCAUUAAUCGCUACGCGUCUGAUUUUUCAUCCCUACUAAAACUGGAAGCUUUUUAAUUUGCUAUAACUUUUAACAACUUUGAAUAAAGCUGCACCUUUUA